AUGAAAAAGUGUCAUAUUGAAUACCAGACAUUUCUACAAAAAAAUAAUAUUAACCCUCUAAAGCCUUUAAUCAUAAAUAUACCUAAUAUGAUUUUCUUCUCUUCCAUGUUUAUUGGAUUGCGUCAAAUGUGUGAGGCUCAUGUUCCGAGCCUUGUCAAUGGUGGUAUUCUCUGGUUUCAAAAUUUGAGCAUCUCUGAUCCAUAUAUGAUUUUGCCUGUACUUUCAUGCUUGUCAAUGGCGGCCAUAAUAAGAUCCGGAGCAGCAGCAUCAGAAUUAGGUCCGGCAGGAGAAAUCAAAGGAAUUCGUAAAAUUCUUAUGUGGACGCCUGUUAUAGGAUUACCCUUUCUGAUUUACCAACCCUCAGCGAUUUUUAUAUUCUGGAUAACAAGUAUGCAAAUUGAACAGUUAAUUUCCUUACUCUUGCCAUCAGUAUUGUGGGGAAUAACAAAUCCAUUAUUAAAACAAGGUAGUAGCGGAAUUGAAAAUGUACAUUCAAGGAACAAGUUGAAUGAAAUUUUUUUGAAAUUGGUAUUUAUCAUUUCUCAUUGGAAGUGUUUUCUCCCAUUUCUCAUCAACCAGUUGGGGUCCGUAGCGUACUUUUAUGCACUGAAAACUAUCCAUAUAUCAAUCGGUGUUCCUGUCGUUAAUUCUCUCACUUUAGUCAUUACAACGCUGACUGGAAGAUUAGUAGCGGGAGAGAAGUAUCAACCGAAGACAAUUCUUGGAAUGAUUUUUAUAAUAACUGGCGUUUCUUUAUGCAUGUUGGAUUCCAUCAAUUGACUUGAGAAAUCAAAGCAAUUGACGG